AUGGCUUCUCUUUCGUGCCGUUUCUGCUUGAAGCAGCUUCCCAGAAAUCUCACAUUGGCCUCCAGGCGACAAUUUAGUGCUAGUGUCCGUUCUAAUGCUGAAGUCAAGAAGCUCGGUGUUAUUGGUGCCGGCCAGAUGGCCUCAAUCGACAAGGGCCUCAAGUUUGCCGACAAGCUGUUAGCCAAAGAUGUCUCCAAGCAAAGGAUAACCCAGGACGAUGCCGAUGCUGCAAGACAGAGGCUGACCCCUACCAAUGACAUGGGUGCUCUGUCAGAUGUCGAUAUGAUCAUUGAGGCUGUACCUGAGAUCCUCGACCUCAAAACCAAGAUCUUCUCACAGAUGGCUAAAUUGGCUCCCUCGCAUGCAAUCCUGGCUACCAACACUUCAUCCAUCAGCAUCACUAAAAUCGCCGCUGCUACCACAACCGAUCCUACAGAUCUAUCUGCCGCUUCCAGGGUCGUCUCAACCCACUUCAUGAACCCUGUACCUAUCCANAAAGGUGUCGAGAUCAUUACUGGUCUCCAGACUUCUCAGGAGACUCUUACGACCGCUGUCGAGUUCUGCAAACGUAUGGGCAAGAUUCCUUCUGUCAGCCAGGAUAGCCCAGGUUUCCUUGCCAAUCGCAUUCUCAUGCCAUACAUCAAUGAGGCCGUCAUCUGCCUAGAGACCGGUGUUGGUUCCAAAGAGGAUAUCGAUGCUAUCAUGAAGAACGGCACGAAUGUACCCAUGGGACCUCUUCAGCUUGCCGACUUCAUCGGUCUUGACACAUGUCUGGCCAUCAUGCGCGUCUUACAUGAGGAGCUUGGUGACUCCAAAUACAGACCCUCCGUUCUCUUGACUAAGAUGGUCGAUGCUGGCUGGCUAGGCAAGAAGUCGGGCAAGGGCUUUUACGACUACUGA